AUGGAAAAAGAUCCAGACAAAUUGGGGAAUGCUACAUUGACCGGAGCAAAUGUUGUACUGUGGUUGUUUGUGGGUCCAGUUCAAUCGAAAGUAGUCGUUGAAAUUGGCAGGGCUGCCAUUGAAGGAGCAAAAACGUUCAAGCGCACAGACAGUCUUAAGGAGGUAUCCAAAUCUGCGGCGGAAUCAGUUAAGAACAGUGCUUCCAAUGCGUAUAAAAGUAUCGUUGGUGUUUCUUCAAGUGGUGUUGCUCUUGUAAAAGACUUGUAUGAUGGCAAAGAUGCAAGAAUAACGAUAGUCACUCGAACGAAAGAGGCGCUUGAUCACGUGCCAGGAGGCCAGAUACUGAAAGUUGGAAUUGACUUCGGAGAUGGGUAUCUCAAAGGAGAAUCAACACAAGAUAUUAUUAUAAAAAAAACGAAGGAGGUAUUAGAAAACGUUCCAGGUGGAAAGGCACUGCAACUGGGAGUCGAUGUAGGAAGUGAUUAUCAUCUCAAGGGAGAAAGUACGAAAAAUAUCCUUGUGAAAAACUCCAAAGAGGCACUUUCUGACUAUAUUGGCAUAAAACAAUUAUCAAUGAGAAGACAAGCAAGUGGAAAAUAUGAUAGCGUCAAAGGUGAAUCAAGUGGUAAAGGGAAGGAACCGGUUGUUGAAUCACCAAAGGGAAAUUCUGAAUCAAAAUUGAAAAAGUCCAAAUCCAAACUUUCCAAGUAA